AUGGGCGGCCUAGUAGUAAAACGCGUACCCUUCCCCCUCCUUCCCUUCCCAUAUCCCCCUUAUCCCCUCUUCCCUCCCUUUAUCUCCCCCUCACUAACACACCCAGGCCUUAACAAAAGCCCACCACACCCCCCGCUACACCCCCAUCCUCGCCCAUACAACAGCAAUCCUCUUCCUCGCCACCCCGCACCGGGGCUCCCUAGACGCCGCCUUCCUCGCCAACAUCGCGACUAUCUCGAAUCUAUCUCUUUCCAGCACGGGUGUGUCCCGUUUCAAGGGCAGGAUUAGAGAUGAUUUGAUUAAGGGACUGCGGAGGGAUGAUGAGGUUGUGAUGGGGAUUGCGAGGGGGUUUGUGCCGUUAACGGGGAGGAUGAGGUUUUAUAGUUUUGUGGAGGAGGUUGGGACGGUGGGGUUGGGAAGGAGGGUAGGUGAUUUUCUUUUUCUUUUUUUCUACUCAACUCAACUGAGUAGUACUCAAGUUAAGUGGAAUGAGUAUGAUUAG